GGAGGUGUAGCAUGCGCGUGCUGUGCCACCUAUACGCCGACGAACGACCCUGGAACGACAAGCUACCGAUUCGUCGUCGCCGCCGCCGCCGCUUUUGCUGUUACUGCUACUGCGAUCACUUGUUGAAAACCCGGUAGGAGAACGCAUAUCCGUUUCGCAACACGUCCGCUCUACGACGAUCAUCUUUCGGUGGGAAUAAACUGGUGAUAGACGUGGUGAUUAAGAAGGAGCAUGGAAAGUGCGUGCAGUGCCGUCAAACGGGAAUUAUGUUGUAGGAAGAGUGAUGAGUAGUUUCGGAGUAAACGCGAUUGCAGUGGGAAGCGAUUUGAGUCUGUGUCGAGUGAGUGGCGCAGAUCGAACGCUCGGUACGCGACACGCGCCCACAGAUCCUAACUUAUGGAGGAUCGGAUCAAUUCCUUUCCGAUCGAGUCAAGGAUGAAUGAGUGAAACAUUUGAACGCUACGGUGCGUUACAGCCGUCCGUUUGGAACCUGGUAUUUGUUGGCUUUCGACCGACGAUCCAUCCGAGCGAAGAAACUGAUUUCCGUGACUCUUUAUCGCUUUCACGUGAAGAAGUUUAACCGAGAAAAAUUUGGAAUACUCGUUGGAACGAAACUCCUGGAAUCGUGCGCGUAACUUGUUUAUCCUUAAAGUUUACGUGGAAGAAACCGAGAAGAAAAGAAAGAUCGACGAAGGAUCUAUCGUCGGAGAGAACCACGAGGUGUACGUCCGACAAAAGUACGCGAAGAAGUGGUACGCGAAAUACGUCGCGAUUAGGCGCCAAUGACGUCAGGCCAGAGUCGUGAAGAAGACGUGUAAAUCGCAAGGGGAAUUCGUUUGUGGAGUUGCGGUGCGUUUACCGACACGGUGUUAUCGGUGUGUUGGUGGUAUUACUGGUGGCAGUAGUAAUCGCAGUAGUAACAACACCACUAUCUGUCAGUAGUAUUGGUGGUGUGGUGGUAACUGUUGUGUGUGUGUCUGUAUGUGUGCGUGUGUGUGGUGGGCUUGGUGUCGGUGUUGGCCGAACAGUGGUGGGGCUAAAGGAGAACCCAUGUGGAAUUGCUGCGUGGUCCGUCGUGGUAGCCAAUUAUAUUUUCUACGUGUGUGCUUCGCGGGCAAUGACUAACUGCUCACCGUUAAAUGUGUUAGUAGGAGAUAUCGUCGACGGACCCGUUUCUGCGUUGGUGUUGCCGUCUACGUCAGCACCGGUCGGACGGGAUUUGCAUAGCAAACAGAUUGACGCGCUGGUAAGUGGAUAACGAGAGAGGAGUCGCGACUCUGUGUCCCACCACAUACCAAAGAGAAAAAGAUAGUGAGUGUGCGUCUCUCCGUGUUGCUCGCGCGCCCGUAAGAAAAGAAGAAAGAGCGAGGGGAGCCAAGAGACGCAGACGACGGAGCAAGUGUGGAGCUUAAAAUAGAAGAGUGACUUCGGCUUAAGUACGCGCCAGGGGGGCGGGCAAAUAAAGAGUAACCGGAGAGAGUGUCUCCUUUCUCAUUUUCUUCCAACGAAAUGAUUAUUGUGCUUCUUCUGUGAUACGUUUCUAUAUCCGGUAGUAUCGUGGUCGUGAUGGUCUAACAAGAAAGUAGGAAAGAUAUAUACUCGUACAUACAUCUAUCUAUACCUACAUCCGCAUCUGUAUCUACAUACGUGUAUAUAUGCAUAUGUAUUCGUAUAUGAUAUAUAUAUAUAUAUAUACGCGCGCGCGCGCACACACACACGCACACAUCAAACGCAUACAUAGAAAAUGUGUAGAGUGAUAGAGUGAAACAGCGUAUGAAAACGAAUCUCGAAAGAGCAAGAAUCGGUCAAUGUAUCGACGAGAUUGGUAGUAAGUGUUCUGUGAUAACGUAGUCUACAACGAGGGGUGGAAAUCAAACGUGACUCCUCACCCAUCUUCAACAGCCUGACAUUUUUCGGAUUAUUGUAAGAGGAAAGCUUCUGCAUCACGGUCUCUCCUACGAUGGAUCGUGACUUGCGCUCGUAUUCUUGCGGAGGCUGCGAAAGGACCGAGGGUCGAGCUAUGCCGAUGGAGUAACAAGUGAGCGGCGAAGCGGCGUUGCCAUGACGACAGAGACUCACACUGUGGCGAUGACAGAUCCACAGUUGUCAAACAAUAACAACAACAACAACGAUGGCGAGCCAAAGUACCUGCACAAGAAAUUUAAGAAGAUGGCGACGACCGAGGUUGUGCCGAAACUGGAGGCAAAAAAGGAUACGUCGGACAAUGACGCUUCUCCAGAAACACCUAAAAGGAAAGAUUCGUCGAAGGACUCGAGAGAGUCGCUCAAAGAUCCAAUCAAGGUCGAGACCUCUCCGGAACCGGCGGAUGGAGAACCGACCGAGUCUAGGAAAAGCGGCUAUGUAUGUCCUUAUUGCAGGCUCUCGUGCGCGAAGCCGAGUGUUUUGCAAAAACACAUCAGAGCCCAUACCAACGAAAGACCGUAUCCUUGCGUGCCUUGCGGUUUCGCCUUUAAAACCAAGUCGAACCUUUACAAACACUGCAGGUCUCGAGCUCAUGCCUUAAAGAUGGAAGGUGGUGACGCCAGUAAGGUGUCGGAAGAUUCGGAUAUAAGCCUGUCCGACAGUGCGAGCAACGGUACUGGCACACCGCCGCCUCCGCCGUCAUCGACACCGACGACGACCGUCUCCAGUGUGAAAACAAUUAGAACCGGAAAAAUCUACAAACCAAAAUUUCAUACGGCAUUGCAGUGCGUGAAUAACGACGCCGAAACGUCUUCCCUUUCUUCCACUUCUUCCAGUAACAGUUCUUCCUCGACGGCUGCUAUCCCUUCUUCGAAACCUAAUCCAGAGCAAGUACAAGAACAUAUUGAUAAAAUAAUUACCGACAACCAAGCGAUCGUCGAUGCGGUUGAUCCGCGUCUUCACAAACUGAUUCAAAGGCAACAAAGUCUCGUCGAAGCGAAACAAUGCGAUCAGCCGUUGAAUCUCUCUUCCGUCGAAGAAUCAUCCUCUUCCUCGAGAAAACGAUGUUACAGUGAGAGUUUCGUCCGAGAGAACAAAGAUUGUCCGAACAGUUCGAGUUCGGAUGGCUCGUUGAUCAAAGAUCUACUCCUGAAGAGUCAAAAUGCGAGUCAAGACGGCACAGCGGAGAGUGAAAAUUAUCUGUGUCCCUCUUGCAACAUCUCUUACUCGAGCAUCGACAAUCUCGACACUCAUCGUAAAUACUACUGUAAAGGGAACGUGAGUCCGCGCAGAGAGUGCCAGCUGGAAAUUGAAAAACGAGAGUCCGAUUUCGAAUCAAAGUCUUCCGAUUACUACAACGCGUUGCAGCCUCUACCUUCCCCCGGGCCGCUUUUAGGUAACACGAGGCUGGUCGACGCGUACGCACCGCCCGCGAAGAAGCAGAGAUCAGAAUCCGUGCCCACCACCUUGCGAUCUCUCGAAGAACUGAGCAAGUAUCCGCGGCCGAACUCGCUGCAGAUGUUCGGCGGUGAAGUUAGGAUACUGGACAACACCGGGGAAACGAAAACCAUGAGAAUCGAACCGAGGCAGACUAAUUCUCCGACGAGCGAGCACAUCGUAAGCAACAAAUGUGUUACUUCGGAAACUGCUUCGAUCGUGGUUAGAUCGGGCCUCCAUUCCGGAGGCACGAUGGUACACAAACCACCUGCCACGCCGACCAGCACGCCGAGUUCCUCCAUAUCUUUGGCCAACACGCCGCAAAUGUUGGCGCCGAUCAUACCGAACAUAUCAACUCCGAAUAUAGCGCCCAGCAUGUCGUGCUACAAUUACCUGGAGCCCCACUUAAAUCCCCUAACCAGCAUCACUGCCUAUAACCCGCUAACUUUGCCCCAGGCGGGCAUCACGAGUAUUCUUCAUGGCGGUAAAGUGAUACCCUAUGUUCCUGGCAUGCCUGGACCACACACUCUGACACCAGCCAUAGACAUAUCCUCGAGUAUAGCGGCCGGCAACGCCGGGUACAAAGUGAUCCCAGGCUUACCUGGCCUCCACAUGGUCCCUCAGCCCUUAGAUCUCGCCAGUCCGGUGAAAAUACAAACGCCAAGCGUACCUGGAAUCCCUGGUCCGAUGACCAGCGGACACGCCUCCAUGAUGGGGCAGCCACUAGAUCUAGCUAGUCCGGCGAAGGACUCGAAGCUGGGCUUCAAACCCCCCGGCGGCGACGUUUCGAACCCUGGAUUCAUGAGUCCGAAAGUUCCUAGCGUUAAGAUCGAGACCUCCACGGACAAAUAUCGAAGGGUACCGUCCGCGGGGGAGAUGACCAAGGUAGAACUCGACCGUCAUAUCAAAACUAGCGUGGCUCUAAAGUACAAGAGUAUCGAGAUUCCGAGAGAGAGGCGAGAAUUAUCUUACGACCGACACCCCAAGGCCGAGAAGGCAUACAGUUCCUCGAACGGGAUCGACUCGAGUGCCGCGUCCUCGAACUCGUACAGCAAAUUAAGAUAUUCUCCGAAGGAGACAUCCGACGCUAGGAAGAGGCUUUCCACGUGGAAUGUCAGCGAAUUGGAGGCGAACAAGACACCGGUUGAUUUCGAGGGAUCCACCGCGAAAUACGAUUCGCCUACGCCUCCGCCUCCGCCGCCGCCUCCCCCUCCCCCUCCGCCUCCUCCGCCUCCUCCGCCUCCUCCGCCGCCGCCACCGCCUCUCGAAAACGGCCGUCGAGGUCGAUACGUUUGCGAAGAAUGUGGCAUACGGUGCAAAAAACCAUCCAUGUUGAAGAAACAUAUCAGAACACACACGGAUGUAAGACCGUACACUUGCAAGCAUUGCGCGUUUAGUUUCAAAACCAAAGGCAACCUCACCAAACACAUGAAAUCAAAAGCACAUUACAAAAAGUGCGUGGAAUUGGGCGUCGUUCCUGUACCCACAACCGUCUGCGACGAUAACAUCGAUAAAGAAGCUAUCGCUCGUCUAGCGGCAGGUGGAAACACCGAAGAAUCCUCGGAGGAAGAGGAAGAAACCGAUGGAGAAGAGAGCGAAGAGUCUGGAAGCGAAGAGCAAGAGGCGGCGCAGAGUUUGCUGAGCCUUUCGCAACGAAACGCGAACCGGCUCCCGGGGCUUCUGCCAUCCGGCAGGCCAACAACUUAUCCGUAUACUUUAACCUUCCCAACCACGUCUAUACCCACGAACGUAUCUAUCACGGUAAGCAAUGCCCCUCUCAGCGGACAAGGUGUCAGCACGCAAGGUGCCACCGUUGUUAGGAACGAAUUGCCUUAUCGAUACUAUUUCCCGUCGAGUCGCACCGCUUCGGAGGAAUCCCGCACAACCGUGAUUCAGUCGUCGAAGAAGGAGAACUCCGACGUGGAAGUGGAAGAGGUCGACUCGGACUCGCGAAAUAGUUUGUCUCAGCCGAUGGAUCUUACAACGAAACCGGCCGUGCAGCCGUUACCGUCGCCUGUUCCUCGGAGGGCUAGACCAGCGGACAUUUUGACACCAGUCUCGGAGCCCAUCUUGUUGCAGACGAUUGUUCAAACCAUGGAGAGACUGCCGAUACAGGGAAGAGAAUGGAAACCAGACGCCGAGGGUCACAUGUUACAAGCAUAUCUGACGGAGCGACACGUUAUGGACAGUAAAAUCAAGCAACAAUACCGAGUUGGAAACACAAAAGUCGAGAAAAACUCCAAGGAAAGAGACUUCUACGUGAGACAGCUUUCACCGAAGUCAAGGAACAUCGAGCAGAACAACGUCCUUACCGUGACUUACACCGACCCUAGUAAAAUGCAACAAACCCUGAUGGAUUCCAGAAACAAGCACGUAUUGAAGCACACCGCGGAUGAAAUUAAAAUGGAGAUCAGAGAGAAGAUCUAUCAGAACAACGUGACGGUCGAACGGCGACCUUACGACUUGGAAUCGGUCCAUAGGGACAAGGAACAAGGAAGUCGAGCAAUCACCGAUAGAGAUAAUAUCGAGCAUGAUUUGAUUAAUUCCGUUAGCUCGAAACCAAGCAUAGAGUACGGUGUGCCUAUGGUUAACAAUUGCUCGGAAAGAUCGAGUUACUCGGUGGAGUCCUCUAACGGAAGCACUCCGCAAAACGUGGAUCGUCAUUCGCCAAAGCCUUUCAGCGUCGACGGUAACAGUCGGCUGUUACCUAUUCCGCACAUGAACAACGACAUCGACAGAGGUUCGGUAUUCAAUUCGAUGAAAACGAUGAACGAGUUGGAACGAGCGCAGGAAUGUCACGCGGUCAAUCAAGAAAUCAGACCAACCAGCCACGAACUUCGGAACGCGUCGACGGACCUCUGCAUUCAGAGCCAGAGUCCACGGAAUUUGGACAUGAGACCGCCCAGCAGAGAAAUACGACUACCGAUCCAGGACUACAGGGGUCAGGUGCAGGAAUUACGACCUCCCACUCAAGACUACAAGCUGUGCAGGCAAGAACUGAGAUCUCCUAGUCGAGAAUUCAAAUCGUUGACUCACGACACACGAUUGAAUCAAGAAAUGACCUCCUUGAACUCCAUGGAAACGCGACAAGCCAAUGUAGAUAAUAGACCUCCGAGCAGAGAUAUGAUUUUAUUAUCGGACUACAGACACGCUCAGACUCAGGAGUCCAGGGUUAAUUUUGAAAUAAUGCCGUUAGCGAUGCAUGAAGCCUCCAAAAUGCAAGAAGCCUCGAGACCGCAGAACAUGGACAUGAGAAACACGCCUAUGGAUCGCAUUGAGAUGAAACAUACGGAAAUGAAGCAGAGCAUAGCGGAAAGCAUUAAGCACACUGUCGCUAGGAAAAUGGUAGUCGGAGGACCAGGAUUUAGAUCGCCUUCGCCUACCGGGGGAAGUGCCAAACCACAAGCCGAGUUCUUACAACCUUCUAGUGGGCCUGCACCAAAUUACGUCAGUUACAGUGUCACUGAGGAUGGAAGAAGCGUCUGCGGCAUUUGUAACAAGGUGUUCAGCAAACCUAGUCAGUUACGGUUGCAUAUCAACAUUCAUUAUUUCGAGAGACCAUUUAGAUGUGAAAGUUGCGCGGUUUCUUUCCGAACCAAAGGUCACUUGACAAAACAUGAAAGAUCUGUUUCUCACCAUAAUAAGGUCAGUAUGACUUCUACUUUCGGGGCUGCAACGACUAGCAAUCCUAGACCAUUCAAAUGUACUGACUGUAAAAUAGCGUUCAGAAUACACGGCCACUUGGCGAAACAUCUUCGAAGCAAGAUGCAUAUUAUGAAGUUAGAAUGUUUAGGAAAAUUACCAUUUGGAACGUAUGCAGAAAUGGAAAGGUCUGGCGUCAAUUUGAACGACAUUGAUACUACCGACUGUGAUAAUAGUCUUACUAGUCUUCAGAUGCUGGCUCAAAGACUUUGCGAGAAAGAUCCUAGUAAAAUUGGACAGUGGGAUUCCGAAGCGAUUCCGAGUCAAGCAAUUAGCGGAGGUGAAACUUCCUCGGAUGAAGGUGAACCUAUACCCCAACAUAUAAUGCAUUCAUGUCCUGUGAAAGUGACCACAGACGCAGACAUGUCUCGAUCAUAUCAUGUGCCAAUCACCAACGAAGAUCCAAAGUCUGAUGUUCUCCUUAGAAAUCCUCAAUUUAAUCAGCAAGGGCAUGAAAGACAAAAUGAUCCUACGUUUUCCAUAGACGACGUAAGACCAGAGGAAAGCAUACAACCAUACAAGUGCCAAAUUUGCACGGUGUCUAUGCGUACUAUGAACGAAUUUCAAGUACAUUGUUUUGUUGAACAUAAUAUUGAAUCGGAUUCUAGUACAAAUAUACACAGGGAUAGAGGUGCGGAUAAGUGUAUGGAGAAAGAAAAUACUCAGAAAAAAAUCAUGGAGGAAUCUAUAGUCAAGGAAGAUCACAGUAGACAAAAAACUGAAGACACGUAGUGCCAAAAUAAUAAAAAGAACAAGGAGACCAGCGGUGAAAUUGUUUGAAUGAAUUUGUUGCCGUACCAAUAAAAUAGUCUUAAAUUAUAAGAGAAUUAUCAUCACAUUUCGAAGGAAAUUUUACGAAGAAUAUUGUCGAUGGUUAUGUAGAACAUUUGUUAUUAUAAUUGAGAAUCUUUUGAGAACUGAAAACAUAGAAUAGAAUUACAACAAACUCUAUUGAAGAAAUAUGUAUAUCAUUGUAAUAUAUGCUAAAUGUUAUUAGUUUGUAACAUAUGAAAUGUCCGAUUUUUAGGAUUAACUUUAAAUGAAAACAACUUUUUUAGUAAUAAAUAUUUUUCAUUAAAAUAGCAACCAUUAGAUUCUACACAUUUUUUCCAACAAAUUUCUAGUUUUUGAACUCCAUUUUUAUAGAAAUCCGACAUUUUGGAGUUAAUAAAUUCUUCAACGGCAUCUUCAACAUUUCAUUGAUUCUUACAGGUUUCUUUUAUCAGAAAAUUGAUUUAGGUAUUUAAAAAAGUGGAAAUCCAAGUCAACAACAGAUCCGGCAAGUAAGAAGAACGAGGUAGAGUUUAACAAUUUAAAAGUUUCAGCUUUUGCAUCGUUCUUUGUGACAUAUGCG